AUGGAUUAUGGUCACAUACUGCGACCUGGGGAACACUACAUGGAGUAUGGUCACAUACUGCGACCUGGGGAACACAACAUGGAGUAUGGUCACAUACUGCGACAUGAGGAACACUACAUGGAGUAUGGUCACAUCCUGCGACAUGAGGAACAUAACAUGGAGUAUGGUCACAUACUGCGACAUGAGGAACACAACAUGGAGUAUGGUCACAUACCGCGACCUGGGAAACACUACAUGGAGUAUGGUCACAUACUGCGACAUGAGGAACAUAACAUGGAGUAUGGUCACAUACUGCGACAUGAGGAACACAACAUGGAGUAUGGUCACAUACCGCGACCUGGGGAACACUACAUGGAGUAUGGUCACAUACUGCGACCUGGGGAACACUACAUGGAGUAUGGUCACAUACUGCGACAUGAGGAACACAACACGGAGUAUGGUCACAUACCGCGACCUGGGGAACACUACAUGGAGUAUGGUCACAUACUGCGACAUGAGGAACACUACAUGGAGUAUGGUCACAUACUGCGACCUGGGGAACACUACAUGGAGUAUGGUCACAUACUGCGACAUGAGGAACACUACAUGGAGUAUGGUCACAUACCGCGACCUGGGGAACACUACAUGGAGUAUGGUCACAUACCGCGACAUGAGGAACACUACAUGGAGUAUGGUCACAUACUGCGACCUGGGGAACACUACAUGGAGUAUGGUCACAUACUGCGACCUGGGGAACACAACAUGGAGUAUGGUCACAUACUGCGACAUGAGGAACACUACAUGGAGUAUGGUCACAUACUGCGACCUGGGGAACACUACAUGGAGUAUGGUCACAUACCGUGA